AUGAAGCAGGCAAAGAGAAAGGAUGACAAUGACAUUGUGGAGAAAGAAGAAGCAACCGAAACCACGUUGAUGAGUGAAGGUGCGAGUGCCUCAGCCUCACGAGAAGGAGAAGGUGAAAGCGUCUUUCUAGAUGAACCAGUGUCCAUGACAAUGUCCAAGCAAGGAGAAGAAGCAGGAGUGGAAGGGACGAGCAACAGUUCUUUCAAGGUUGUAGGACUGGCUGAUGCCAUGAACCACCCACGAAGGGACAUCAUACAUCAGCGCAAGCAACGGCACAAAGCUCCAGGGCCAGCGCCAGUACCUGCACCUGUACCGGUACAUGUUCCGCAGCAACCGGGCGCCUUCCCAGUCGAUCCAAUGGCCCGUCAGAGACAAUCCAACACGAGGAGAAAAACAAAGUCCAAGCGACUGUCACUCGCUACACAGAUACAACAGCAGCAGCAAGGGCAACAGCAACAGCAACGGCAGCAGCAACAACCGCCACCCCCACCUCCACCAUCAACACCACCUCCUCCCCAUCUUUCAAUUGCCACAGCAGCAUCGAAUAGCCGACGCCAGUCCACAAAUCUACACGCCGAUAGUAGUACCACACCCCACUUGAUUUCGGCGCAGCUCGUGUCGGACUUUGACGAUGAUGCCAGUAUGGAACGAGAUACAAUCUACCAGCAAGCCCACAGAGAUGCGCAACGCCAAGUCAGGGAAGAUCUCCUCAGAGAUGUCAUUGUCGCAGAUCAAGUCGUCGACGAACACAAGCACAAACAAGAACAAUGUCGUUCCUGGACUGCCAUUAGUGCCUGUAUUGUCAUUGUCGUCGCGACACUAGCAGCCGUGCUAGGAGCUCAGCCAUGGAAGAAAUCAGAUACACCCGUACAACUCAAUACUGUCCCAGUUCCAGCCAACGAUCUUUGCACUGGUGCUCUGGCUCUCUCACUGACAGAUGAUAAUGAUGGUGACAGCCAGUUACCACUAUUGGGAGACACUCGAGGGGCAUCUGCCGUCAACUUUGAGUCAUGCGCUGCGUCCGUAGUCACCGGAGGCUUGGGUCUAUGGUACAACGUCACCGGAACUGGAAAACCCCUGCGAGUAUCUACCUGUGACUCAAACUCAACAUAUGAUACGCAACUCACACUCUUUCAGGGAUCCUGUCAAUCUCAUGUCUGCGUGGGAGCCAAUGACAAUGGAGACGAUCCAUCGUGUGGCGUCUCUUCCAGCUUGACCUGGCCUUCGGUGCUGGGAGAAAUGUACAUUAUCUGUGUCCAUGGAAAGUUUGAGCCCACACCAGGCACUGACGACAAUCCCGUGCUACCGGUAGCCACACCACUCAGUGGGACCUUCCAAUUGACUUUGGACGAAAUGGCCCAAAAUGACUUUUGCGAAACAGCAACGCUCAUUGACAUUCAUUCUCCCGUGAGGGGAACAACAAAAGACGCAACAUCGGAUUCGCAGGUCUCCUUUUGUCAUGGAACUGAGAGCAGUGCUCCGGGAGUAUGGUUUCGGAUUGCCGGAACUGGAACGCCGCUGCAGGCAGUACUCACAAAUGUAACGACCAAUCUCCAACUUACCAUCUACCAGGGAACAUCCUCAUCCAAUCUUUUCAACAACGAUCCACACGCAGACUGCCGAACCAUCCGCUGUAUUGCUGGCUAUGAUAAUCCAUUCGAACUUGAUAGCCAAGUGACAUUUGCCACUGAUGCUGGUGUCUCCUAUUAUAUCCUUGUUCAUGGCGUAGAUGCACAACAAGGAUCCUUUGAGCUCCUUGUACAAGAGACUGCCCAGAAUGAUCUAUGUGACACGGCAUUGGAACUGUCGCUGGACCAUAAUAAUCACACUGGCGGAUCGGAUGAAAAAGGAUCCGCACAGGUGGUCAUCCAGGGAUCGACGGCAUUGGCUACCUUCUCGGGCCUCUCUCGUGCCGGUGCCGCUUGCAACGGCUUGUCGCAAACUGCCCCGGGCGUAUGGUUUAGCCUCAAAGGAGCCGAUGAAGAAAUUACUAUUCGCGCCCACACCUGUGUGUCUGGUGAUGAUGCCAGUGUGGUUGCUCGUGAAUCUCUUGCCGACACCACUUUGACAGUCUUUCGAGGCGAAAACUGCCAAAAUCUACAAUGCUUGGUUGCGAAUGACGACUCCUCCUGUGGACAGAAGAGCUUGGUGGAAUGGGAAGCUGCAAAAGACGAGCAAUACUUUAUAUUGAUCAGCGGAAAGGCUGACAAACGAGGUUCCUUUCAACUAACUGUUGAGUCAUUGGUGGUCUAG